GUCGUCUCUUCCAAAGGUUGACAGCGGUAAGUGACGCUUUGUGGGCUCGAGCGCAGGCGUUCAACCCCGCUGCUGAAGGCACGUUUGCGGAGAAACCGGCGUCAACUCCUUCCGGUUUCUCCUCUUGAACGUCGGCUAACCACGCGACCAUAAACAUUCACUGAUCGACGCCCGUAUACCGACUCAGCCAUUAUCUACUACACACGCUGCGGUGCGACCCAGAAACGUGCCCCACUCGCCAGCUCGUUUUGCUUCUUUUGGUGUUCGCACGCGUAACAGACCCAUCCGUGCGACCUCGAAGUGCCCAGCCUUCAGCUCCGAAACCCACGCACACCACUACGGUUGAUGCCGGAGGCUGCGCGGAGAUCCAAUGGAGCAGCCUCGCCUAACAUGACAAGUGCCAAAGAAGUAGACCAGGGGAAGGAUACCUCUACCUCAAAUGUGUCAGAGAGUAGAUCACCAUCCAAGGACAAAUCCUCGUCGGCGCCGGGGUCUGACGCGCCCGCGCGGACCUCAAAAAAGCGCAGAAAGGUCAACCAUGCAUGCAUAUACUGCAGACGUUCGGUAAGCCGCAGCCGUCAUUCUAGCAUCUAAAACACGGCGCUCUGUUGCGUCACAAUCUCCUCCAAAUGACUGCUAACAUCACGAUGAUAGCAUAUGACUUGCGACCUA